GUGCAAUCAACAGGAAUUGACUGUCCCCGUGAAGUGAAGUUCACCGAUUUCAUGGAGGGCCGCAUUCUUUUGGGUCACGUGUUUAAAAGAAUUGAAAUCAAAUCGCCCGAUGUUUGUGAGGUCAACUGUUUUCUAGCAGCAGACUGCGUGUCAUUCAAUAUUGGACCACUACAAGAUGGAAAGUAUUGGUGUGAACUGAGUAACUCUGAUCACAUAGCACAUCCUCAGGAUCUCGUGAAUGGAGUCGGUACCAUUUAUCAGCCAUUCCUGGUAAGAAUAAGGAAUAUUUUAUGACCAAAUAUUGCAUGGUCGUAGCUCCUAAAAUAAUCAUGUAAAAAUAUAACCUGGGAAGGAAGACAGCCUACAUUUCGCGACACCACCACCACCACCACCACUGGUUUUAACAGCGAAAUAACGUUUGACGUCACCUUGGUUGGAGAACCCACUGCCCUUGGCUCAGUCCGUAGCCUGUUCCAAGCUCUCAGAUAGUGGGAAAGGCGCGAAAGUGUAAGGCGCGCGAAAAUAGGGGCGGGCGGGAUAAAAAGGAAAAGGAAGGGAGAGAGAUGAUUACAGGCUCCGCCGCCUCCCCCGGCUCUCCCCAGUUUACUCCCGUUUUGUUUUCGUGUUCGCGCUUUCUCAAUUCCGCGGGCCCGACUAUCUGGGAGCCUGGAGCAGGCUACUCAGUCCGGAACUAAAGCAACCAAGUUUUUUGGAGCGUUAGUUAUUUUUAUGUGAUUAUUAAUUGUCUGAAACUUCUGAAUUGCCCCAAUAGGUUGCUGCAAGGUUGAUGUUAAAACGAUGAACAAUAAUUUAUAAUUUUUUCGAUAGAACCACUGUGCAAGCAAUCCCUGUCCUUUGAACAGCCGUUGUCAAACGGGCUUCACUGAUAAAGGUUACCGCUGUGUGUGUGCCGUGGGAUUCACUGGCCAAAACUGCAGCAAAGGUAUUUUCUACAGUAUACUUUUAAUAUGGAACUGAUAUAGAUAGUUUCGUUACGACGGCUUCAUAUUUAAAUUAUUUAAAUUGCACAUACAAGAUUCACAUACAACCCGAGUAAUGUCUUCGCCUAGUCCUUUUAGGCCUUUCUACAAGCUUUGGGACUUAAUUCAGAAAGAAGUUCUGUGCGCCAUUUGACCUUUGACAUCAAAUUCUGGAGAUUAAGAGAGAGGUAACAAUAGUAGGUAAAAUUUGGCCACCGAAAUGCCUGGCCGGGAAUCUUCCUUUUUAAUUUUCGGCUAUUUCUCAUGAGGAAAAGGGAUAAGACGUUUUAUAGGUAUAGCUUAACAUAUCAGGGGCUACCCGUGGCGUUAAUUGUAAAACGAUAAGGAAGUAAAAUAAAUAAUUAAAUAACUUGAAAAUAAAAGGUUAGCAAAAAAAAAAGAAAAAAAAAAGUUUAAAUCUUCUUUCUUGUCUUAUCUUGUUAUCGAAGAAGUUUUUGUCGUUCCGUCUUCUGUAAAGUAUCUCUUCAUCUUCUCUUAUUUCAGGCUGUUAUGAGACUUUGGGCAAUUCAAAACAUGUUCACUAUUAUUUUGCUUUUUUUAUGUGCAGUGACUCUAUUCGUCAACACUUCUCCAAAAAUAAUUUCUACGCAGAAAGAACAACAAGUGACUUUCACGUGCAAUGCAUUUGGCUCACCGCGCCCUCUCAUUACAUGGAGGAGGUCUCAUGGAACUCUGUCUGCUUCAAGAACUCUUACCACGGACGGAAAUCUGUCUAUAAUGAAUGUGACGAUAGGUGACAGUGGUUUCUAUGUAUGCAAUGCUACGAGUGCUGAACAAAAAAAUUCUUCAUCUGUUGAGCUUAAAGUUUUUUAUAGUCUUGCUCACGUAGUCAGCCCAGAGUUAUCAGUUACCCUGUACGUUGGUCAAGCUUUGAAAUUGUCAUGUCCCACUUCAAGUGGAACAGAGUUGUGGCUGUACAAUGGAAGUGUAUCAGUGCCUCAAGAUGCAUACCUCGAGACACCAGGCAUAUUACUUAUUCCUUCCCUUAGGAAAGACUACGUGGGUAACUACUCUUGUCUAUCAGGAGAUUCCCUUCAGUGGAAUGUGAGUCUUCAUGUUAAAUUUCCAGAAACAUGCAGCAUAGUCAAGCAGAGCAUUUGUGAUGCCAGCGGUGAUUACGUCAUAGAUCCUGAUGGUGAACUAGGCGAAGAUCCGUUUACCGUUUACUGUAACAUGACCGACAAGGGAGGGGUUGGGGUGACCGUUGUCAGUCAUGACAGCGAGAGCAGAAUCCUUGUAAAAGGAAUCGAGGUACGGGGUGGUUACAGACGAGACAUUCAUUACAUCGGUGCCAGUCUCUCUCAGAUCAAAGAACUCACAGAAGUUGCCGCAAAUUGUCAGCAGUUCAUCAGAUAUGAGUGUUAUCAUUCCAUGUUGCUUAUACAUAAUACAAAUAAUAGAUAUGGUUGGUGGGUGUCACGUGAUGGCGCAGAUAUGACGUAUUGGGGUGGCGCUACUCGUGGAUGCGCAUGCGGAAUGACUAGGUCAUGCGACGACACAGCCAAGCGGUGCAAUUGUGAUAAGAAUGAUCAAGUCUGGCGCGAGGACAGCGGUCUUCUGACAAAUAAGUUGCAUCUUCCGGUCUCUCAGCUAAGGUUUGGAGACACUGGUCAUUCUUUUGAGGAAGGAUAUCACACUCUAGGAAAACUAGAAUGCUAUGGAAUGAGUUGA